GAGUUUCGCUCUUUUUGCCCAGACUUGAGUGCAAUGGCGCGAUCUCGGCUCAAAGCAACCUCUGCCUCCCGGGUUCAAGCGAUUCUCCUGCCUCAGCCUCCCUAGUAGCUAGGAUUACAGGCAUGCGCCACCACCCUGGCUAAUUUUGUAUUUUUAGUAGAGACGGGGUUUCUCCAUGUUGGUCAGGCUGGUCUUGAACUCCUGACCUCAGAUGAUCCGCCCGCCUCGGCCUCCCAAAGUGCUGGGAUUACAGACGUGAGCCACCGCGCCCGGCUACAAGUACAAUUUCUAACAGAAUAAUGCUGACACAGCACUUUGAGAUGAUAGAAAGACUACAGAAGUGACAAAAGUUGAAGUUAAUAAUGGACUCCAGGUUAGACUUAGCCUGAGAGCCACACCCUUCAAACCUCCUUUGAUGCUCAAAUAUGGUAAAAAAGGGUUUUGACAAUGACUCCCAGCAGCCACUCUCUCCAGUGUGGGACCAGACCAGCUAUCUGGGACAAGUUCAUCCCAGCACGGGGACUAUCAAAACCUAAUUACAGGAUGACUCAUUAGUGAUGCAUUUGGAGAAAGAUCUCAAUCAAAAGGGGAAAAUACCCAAGUUGUCAAAUAAAAGUGGACUCACUUAUGUUUAAAAAAUACCUUGACAAAGACAGCUGGGAAAGGCCAUGGAGAAUUCUCAUGAAUAAAUAAUAAGAAAAACAAGAUUCUGCAAAAACCACAACCUUGCACUAAGGCAAUCUUACACAAAAAAUACUUCAGCAAGGACAGCUGCCCAGCAACUGCCUGUCCAACCCUGGAACGGGAGUACACUUUUUUUUUUUUUUUUUUUUAGACGGAGUCUCGCUCUGUCGCCCAGGCUGGAGUGCAGUGGCCCGAUCUCGGCUCACUGCAAGGUCCGCCUCCCGGGUUCACGCCAUUCUCCUGCCUCAGCCUCCCGAAUAGCUGGGACUACAGGUGCCUGCCACCGCGCCCGGCUAAUUUUUUUGUAUUUUUAGUAGAGAUGGGGUUUCACCGUGUUAGCCAGGAUGGUCUCGAUCUCCUGACCUCGUGAUCCGCCCGCCUCGGCCUCCCAAAGUGCUGGGAUUACAGGCUUGAGCCACCGCGCCCUGCCGGGAGUACACUUGUUACUGUUCUUUGUAGCCAAGGUUAAUUAUUUCCAAACCAUUAUCUUCCUCUUCAUUUUUUCUUUAAAAACCAUUACUUUCCUGAAUGCGCAAAUCGUUUACUAUGGCACGCAUAUUCGCCAACGCCCUAUUCCCAAAUAAAUAUCAUUUUCAGUUAGAGAGCCUGUUAUUAGGUUGACAAUCAUUAUCACUCCCUCUCCCGUCCGUGGCGCUCCCACGGCAAAACAUCAACCCACUGUCCGCUGCGAGGCUGCAUCCAGGCAGACAGGCAUAGCUGGGGAAUAACACACUCGCGUUGACUGGAUUUACUGUAACUGGACCCAAAUCUCAGACCAGCCGGUGGCCUCUCCAAGGAAGCCCGAGGCAAGGAAGACCCUAGUCGACGUGCACUCCCAACCAGGUCUGUCACAGGUCGGCCCUCGCAUUUAAACGUUAAAUGUUGAAGGGCUUUCAUAAAAGAGCGAUGUGCUCCUGCUUGUAUGAGCCGGGGCCGGAGGCCGGUAACAGCGGCACGGGACGGGAGCGAGCCUCAGAAUGCGGGAACGUCUGUGGGCCUCCGGGACAGUGGAGGGAGCGGGUCUAGUGAAGCGCGACGACUCUGGGGUGGCAGAAGUGAGAACUAUGGGCCCCACGGGGACCGAGGGAACGCACAAAAUCGUCCCAAGAGACGAAACGCCGGGCCGCGCAAGGGCCCUCAAUGCUAUCUCCGGCAAGCGCGGCGUUUCGCAUCGCUCCCAAAGGCGGCGGCGACACCUUAUGACGUCCUGGUGUUCCGCAUGUCGUCUGCGUCACACUAGGCGCCGGCGCGGGGUGCUGAUGUCAGGACGCCGGCGCUUGGCGCCGUGACGCUCAGCCGGGCCUUGUGGAGUGCGGGUCUCUGCUGCGGACGCCGGGGGCCGGCGCGGCGUUGGCCGCCCCCGGCCUCGCCGAGUGCAGCGCGCCCGAAGGCCAGCACCUGCGCUCCGUCCGCGGCCCGGCGCCCAGGGUGGGCGGGGAGGCCGCCGCGCAGUCGCCGCACGCUACGCCGCCGGCGCCGUCGUUUCGCGUCGCCCGCUUCCGGCCACCGCGGCCGCCAUUUUGCUCGCGCGGAAGCGCCGCGGUGGGGUGGGAACCCAAGCGGGAGAGCCGCGGGAUUUGCGGCCGCCGCCAUGCCGUCGUCCCCGCUGCGGGUGGCGGUGGUGUGCUCGAGCAACCAGAACCGGAGCAUGGAGGCGCACAACAUCCUCAGCAAACGGGGAUUCAGCGUCCGAUCCUUUGGAACAGGGACUCACGUGAAGCUUCCAGGACCAGCUCCCGACAAGCCCAAUGUUUAUGAUUUCAAAACCACAUAUGACCAGAUGUACAAUGAUCUUCUUAGGAAAGACAAAGAACUCUAUACACAGAAUGGGAUUUUACAUAUGCUGGACAGAAAUAAGAGAAUCAAGCCCCGGCCAGAAAGAUUCCAGAACUGCAAAGACCUGUUUGAUCUGAUCCUCACUUGCGAAGAGAGAGUGUAUGACCAGGUGGUGGAAGAUCUGAAUUCCAGAGAACAGGAGACCUGCCAGCCCGUGCACGUGGUCAAUGUGGACAUCCAGGACAACCACGAGGAGGCCACCCUGGGGGCGUUUCUCAUCUGUGAGCUCUGCCAGUGUAUCCAGCACACGGAAGACAUGGAGAACGAGAUUGAUGAGCUGCUGCAGGAGUUCGAGGAGAAGAGUGGCCGCACCUUUCUGCACACCGUCUGCUUCUACUGAGCCCAGCGCCCGCAUGGAGCCACCUCUGGAGCUUCCUGUUGUUCAUACUUUUUCCUUCCUGACAUUUGUUCUUACUUACAGGUGUUCUGCUGGUGACGGUAGCAUUACCCAAAUAAACUGUGCAUAUGAAAUGGGAGAGGAGAUGCCAAAAUGCCAGAUGAAAGCAAUCAAGUUUCUUCUUUUCCACUUUUACUUAUGAGCGGGAUAUUGAUUACAAAGUUUUUCUUCUUUAACCAAAAAGGAAAGACAACGGUUUGUGUGCACUUCCCGACAUACCUGUGUCUUCGUGUGCCUGCCUUCCCUCCCUCCUCCCCACCGGGCCGGACUGUACAGAGCCCUGCUGCGGCGUGUUAGGAAUGACCUGGAAUUGUCAAUAAACAGAUGCUGCUGUCA